AUGGCCCCUCGGCUCGCGCUCUUUGCGUGCGCCUCGCUGGCGACGGCUGCGCGCAAGGACGGUUGGGCCUACUACCCGCAACGGCCCAUCGGCGUCGAGUGGAAGAACCACACCAUCCAAGGGCGAACACAGCCUGGGCAGCUGAACCGGCCGGCGUCGCUAGAUGCAGAGUCGGCAGUCAGACUCGCACACGUGUGCUGGCAAGGCUGUCCGCCAUACGCAUGCGCGCACUCACGGACAAACAGCUCGGGAUAUGUCGUGCACGGACGGCCGGCGGCAAUGAUCUCACUCUCCGAGGGGCACAAGCUGCUCGUGGCAGAUUGCGACAACCACCGGCUGCAGCUGGCCUCGCACCUCGACAAGCGGAACCGCUACUACCAGACGAUGGGUGCCUUCGGCGUCGCCCCCUCCAACGGCCUUCAGCGGCCAACCGGCCUCGCUGUCAGCGCGAGUGGAGACGCCCUCUACCUGUCAGACUCGCACAACCACCGCAUACAGCAUCGCUCGUGGCCCGAGUUCAAGGUGCUGCGCACCGCCGGCUCGUACGGCGCCGAGGCCGGACAGUUCAACUUCCCUAGCGCCAUCGCUCUCGCCGAGGGCCGCCUCUACGUCGCGGAUACGCGGAACCACCGCAUCCGGGGCACGGCAGAGGGACAGCUGUCGUUUCCGGAGGGCCUCGCAGCGCAGUCCACCGGAAAGGGCGCGCCCCUCUUGUUCGUCGCCGACAGCGGCAACGACCGCGUGUUCACCCCGGCCGGCAAGCUUGUGCGCAGCAUUGGCAGCUCUGGCGGCGCGGCCGGCCAGUUUGAUUAUCCCAUCGGAAUCGCGACGCUCGGUAAUCACGUGUAUGUCUCCGAGUACACCGGCCGGCGCGUCCAGGUCUUCAGCCAAAAGGGAGAGCUGCUGCACGUGCUCAAGCUGCGCUUCGGGCAGAUGGGGCGGCUGUCGGGCAUCCACGUGACGGGCCGCCACGUCUACGUCGCCGAUUGGGACCGCAACGGCAUCCACGUGGAGCACGACGCGGACGUGCCGCCCUCCGCCCUCAACGCGUCCUCGGCCGUGGCUCGCAGUGCCGCGUCCUCGGCCCCCGCGCUCGACCCGCCGCCCAGGUCCAAGCGGAAGAAGAGCAGGGCCAAGGAGGGCCAAAGAUGA